UCACUUUUCUGAUCUGUGAUUGUUGCAUGAAAAUGCGUGUUCAUUACAACUCCCUCUCACACAAAUAAAAAUAAAUCUCCAAUUUUCUUCUUAAUUAAUUCUCUUCAAUAUUUUCACAGCUCCCACAUUCCCCCACCCAAACCCACCCCCGUUCUUUACUCCCUUCAUCCCAUCGCCCUCCUCAUGCUCCCAUCCUUCGCCAGAGAGAUUGAGAUGAUCGGCAAUGGUCUUCUUAGAGGGAGUUUCAGGUCGUUUUCUUCAGUUUCCAGUCCUCGGAGAAGGCUCGAAGGCAAGGUGGCUUUAAUAACCGGGGCAGCAAAUGGGCUGGGCCAAGCCACAGCCCAAGAGUUUGUGGAUCAGGGGGCCCAUGUGAUCAUUGCCGAUAUAGACACCACAUUGGGCCCACAAGUGGCCGAACAACUAGGCCACACAGCCAAAUUCGUAGAAUGCGACGUGGCGCUGGAGUCUGAAGUUGCGGCCGCAGUAAACUUCGCGGUGACCCACCACGGAAAACUAGACAUAAUGUACAACAACGCCGGAAUCACCGGACCGGCAGUGCCACCCAGCAUAGCGGAGCUAGACCUAGCCGACUUCGACCGAGUAAUGAAUGUCAAUGUCCGUGGAGUCGUAGCCGGAAUAAAACACGCGGCUCGAGUGAUGGUCCCAGCUGGGUGCGGGUCCAUCCUAUGCACAUCAAGCAUAAGUGGUCUCAUGGGUGGGUUAGGCCCACAUCCGUAUUCAAUAUCCAAACACGCAAUUCCAGGGAUAGUGAGGUCGGCGGCGACGGAGCUGUGCCGUAGCGGGGUACGGGUGAAUUGCAUAUCGCCGGCACCGGUAGCGACGGCGAUGGCGGUGAAGGGGAUAGGAGAAAUGUACAAAGGGGUUAGCAAGGAAGAGAUUGUUGGAAUAAUAAAUGGACUUGGGGUUCUGAAGGGCGCAAUUUGCGAGGAGGCUGACGUGGCGAAAGCGGCUUUGUUUUUGGCUUGUGAUGAUUCGAAAUACAUCACCGGUCAUAAUCUGGUUGUAGACGGCGGUUUUACUUCCUUCAAAAACCUCGACUUCCCUUCCUUCCAUUAGUCUAUUGCCACGUGUGUAGAUAAGUAAAAAACCCAUUCAAAUAUCAUUCAUCUUAUUCUAAUUUGGUCAUCUUCCUUCUAUGUACUUCCAAUUAUCAAAUUUCGGUACAUGUAUUUUUAAUAUACUUUAAUAUUUGUACCAAAUCUUAGGAUUUUUUUUGCUUUA